CCCGUCCCGCCGCCCCCGGGGCCGGGGGAGGGACCGGAGCGGGGCUGCCCGGCGCUGCAGCGGGCGGAGCCGGGGCUCGGCGGGGCCGCGCCCGCCCCCGCCUCCCGGCCGAGCCCAGCCGUACCGAACCGAACCGAACCGAACCUAACCGAGCCGAGCCGUGCUGGCCGCUCCCAGGCGGUGCUGAGCGCAGCCCAGCCGUGCCCAGUCCAGCCGCACCGGGCGGCCCCGGGCGGUACCGGGCGGUACCGGGCCCCGGCGCUCUCCACGGUGCUGAACGGAGCCGCCGCGCCCGCAGGACGCGCCGCCGGCGGGGCCCGGUACCGCCCGGCCCGGAGCGGCUCGGCCCCGCGCGGCGCGGCGGCGGCGGGGGAUGGAGCCGUUCCUGGGCUGCACCGGCGCCGCGCUCCUGCUCUGCCUCAGCUACGCCGGUCUGCGCCCGGUGGAGGCAGACAGCCCGUCGGCUCCCGUCAAUGUCACAGUCAAACACCUGAAAGCUAACUCGGCCGUUGUGACUUGGGACGUUCUGGAAGAUGAAGUUGUCAUCGGAUUUGCCAUUUCCCAACAGAAGAAGGACGUGCGGAUGCUGCGCUUCAUCCAGGAGGUGAACACCACCACCCGCUCCUGUGCCCUCUGGGACCUAGAGGAGGACACUGAGUACAUUGUGCAUGUCCAGGCCAUCAGCAUCCAAGGCCAGAGCCCUGCCAGUGAGCCAGUCCUCUUCAAGACCCCCAGGGAAGCUGAGAAACUAGCCUCUAAAAAUAAAGAUGAGGUGACGAUGAAGGAGAUGGCGAAGCAAAACCAACAGCUGCGAGCGGGGGAAAUUCUCAUCAUUGUUGUGGUGUUGUUUAUGUGGGCAGGGGUGAUCGCCCUGUUUUGCAGACAGUACGAUAUCAUCAAAGAUAACGAGCCAAAUAACAGCAAGGAGAAAGUCAAGAGCGCCUCGGAGAACAGCACUCCCGAGCACCAGAGCGGAGGGCUCCUCCGCAGCAAGUUUCCAAAAAACAAGCCCUCAGUGAAUAUCAUCGAAGCGUGACAGCCUGCCAGCUGAUCGAUGGACUCCAUUCCUCACUCCCACUUUCUGCCUCUGAGCCUCGAUGACGAGGGAGGUGAAAUAUUGUUUGAAAAGAGACGUAGUGUCACUUCCUGGCAUACACCUCCUUGUCUGUGUUCAGCAAAACAUCUGGCCAGAAAGAAGAAUCCUGCAAAAAAAACCCCAAACAAAUGAUUAAGAUGGAAAAGAACCAGUGAGGCGGCUGUUGUCGGUGAUCCUGCACUGGACUCGUGAAUCACCUGGGCUGGAGUAACUUCUCACACACUCCUCUCCACCCUCACACUCCGUCUUCUGGAACAAUUUUCCCAUCUUUGGAAAGGUACAAGGUUUUGUUGUAUCUUUAUUUUGUCCCACUGUCACUACACCCUGACAGUAUUAAGGUGAGCUCAGGCAUCAGUCACUGUCACUCCUCUCCGAGCAAGAAAGGAGGAAAACUCAUCACAGACACAACUAGCGACCAGAUUUUGGCUGUUGUGUGCCCUCGGCUUGCUUUGUCCCAUUGAUGUGUCUUGUGUAACACGUCUGGUAGGUGGGUUUUUAAAAGGAAACAAAAAGGCAUACCCCGGUUUCCACUCCCACUGCGAGAACUGCUCUGGUUGCGUCUCCUCCACCGCUGUGUCUCCUGUCCCGCAUUGGUGCUCUUCAGCUCAAAUAUCGGGGCACACCAAACCCCGAGGCACAGACCAACAUGAGGGGGCACCAGAAGCCGUUAUUUAGCUUCCAGGAGAAAUUCAGCCAUUUUCUUCACGGUAUUUUCAGCUGGGCCUUGAGUCCACCAGCAGUGUGAUCAAAGGUCUGUAAAAAUGUAGCCAGUCAGCAAAAAAAAGAAAACACUCAUGAUACCGGUUGCUAUGCAAGGUCUCCAGCGGCGAUAGCUGUUUAUCACAAAAUGCUCUUGCCUAAGGGACCUUUUUCUGAGGGCUUAAGUUCUUAAAUUGCUUCUUUUAGUGGGGUUCCUGUGCGAAGGUCUGGUUCUCCUUACACGUCCUGUCCGCGCUAUUUUUGUGACGUUGCAAUGCCAGGUAUGAGCGGGAGGCAGCUCUCGUGAAAAGGACGAGGAUGAACGGGAAAGGGCUGGGUUCUCCUCUCUCUUAAGUACUUGAUGUUCGUAAGCUGGCGGGAUCCCUGGGAUUGCUGGUGCUCUGGAAGCUGGUAGAUGCAAGUCCAUCACAAAGCAAAUUAUUUACUCUUUGUAGUGUGCCAUGGGGUAUCUGUAUUUAUUUAAUUACUCCACAAGACCACUCCAUAUGCACUAGGGGAUGAGGCAAGAUCCUACUUGUUCCAUCCAACACCAAGACAGGUUGGCCUGAGCAGGGUUUGAAUCUCGUUACAACAAACCUGUGCUCGGAUAAGCCCUGUUUAAAAGUCCCUCCAGAGAAACAGGCUGAUAGUAACAGAGUUCAGCCAUCUUUCCUCUUCCACUGUCACCAGCCUUUCCAAAAUAACUGAUUUGGGAGAAGGGCACUAGGAAUGUGCUUGCAGAUGUGUUGGUGGACAAGCAAGGGCUCCCUUGGGCCGGUUUCAGAGGGCAGGCCAACCCCAGAGGUCUCUUUGAUGGAUCCUUUGCCAGAACAUACUCCUCCAUCACCAAGAGGGAGAGGUCAACAUCUCCGAUACAGACAGAGCAAUAAACAUUUUAUAAUGUACAAUAAAAGAUUAAAGGCA